AUGGUAGACCAAAAGCAACCCUCCAUAGCUCCACAAACCACAAUCCUUGCUACUACAACCUGGGGGCAGUUACACUUACAUCACAUCAAAUGGCAUUCAGCUAGAGAAGAUGUGGCGUUCAAGUCUGGGUCAGGCACCCAGGUCACCGUGAGUGCCAAACCUUCUCGUCCCGAGGUCUUGGGUCCCAAGACGAGGGCCCUGCCCGGGCAGACAGUGACCUUCACCUGCAAGUCCCACGGCUUCUCUCCCAGAGACAUCACCCUGCGGUGGUUCAAAAACGGGAACGCGCUCUCGGCCACCCGGACCAACGUGGACCCCCAGGGGGACAGCACCUCCUACAGCGUCUCCAGCACAGCCAGGGUGCCGCUGACCUCGGGGGACGUGCGCUCCCAGGUCAUCUGUGAGGUCACCCACAUCACCCUGCCCAGGGGCACUUCUCUCCGUGGGAUGGCCAGCUUGGCUGAGACUAUUCGAGUUCCUCCCACGCUGGAGGUGUCCCAGUUCCCGGCGGUGGGCAACCAGGUGAACCUCACCUGCCAGGUGAAGAAGUUCUACCCCCAGCACCUGCAGCUGACCUGGCUGGAGAAUGGAAAUGUGUCCCGGACAGAAACGACCUCCCUCCUCCUACAGAACAAGGACGGGACCUUUAACCGGACCAGCUGGCUCCUGGUGAACUCCUGUGCCCACCAGGAGAACGUGCCGUUCACCUGCCAGGUGGAGCACGAUGGGCAGCCGGCGCUCACCAAAUCGCACACCCUGGGCUCAAACGAACAACCUGGUAAGGGCACAAAACUACUGAUCUAAAUCAUAAGAUUUAGCUUCCUUUUAAUGUUAAAUAUUGUGAUCAUACUGAUUGUACAGACUUUUAGAAAUAUCUGCCUCCAUCAUGCAUUCCAAGUAGAACCACUAGGAUGAGGUUGGUGCCAGGUUUUGGGCAUAAAUAAACCUUUAGAAAUAAAGUGAGGAGGGGCUGAGAUACACUAUAGUGAGUAGCUGUUUGACUUACACUCAACUGAUUCGUGUUUGAUCCCCUCAAACCCAAACGGUACCCCAAGUUAUCUAGGAGUGACCCUUAACUGCAGAGUCAGGUGUAAGCUGUGAGCACAGCCAGGUGUGGUUCCAAGCAAACAGUUAAAAACAAGCCAACAGAUUUAAGCACAGAGCUAUGUGGGGAUGCUCCUUUCCGGCCCCGCGCGAGAUCGACCCCGGAGGCAACUGAACCACUUUGGACACGAGCGGCGCCCCCAAAAUGCCUCCAAACUGUGUGCUCGGAGCUUCUGGCCCAGGCGCU